AUGAAUGAGACUGAGUGUGAUCAGGAAGUGAAAUAUGUUGACAUGAGUGAGGAAGAAGAAUUACGUGAUUGGGGAUCACCAAUUUCGACGGAGAAAAAUAAAGAAAAACAGGAGCACUUUUUUAUAGAGGUAGUAAACAAUUGUCAGGAUAGUGGUAAGGAGAAAGAGAAUUUAAGUACAGACAGACCAUCAAAGCGAACGAGAGAGGAAGAUGAUAUAGGAUGGACAAAGGUGGAAAAAAAGAUUAAGAAACAGGGACAAAAUAAGAUUGAAGUUAUAAUUUCGAGUAAAGAAAAGUUGCCAAAACAGUUUGCGAUUGCUAAGUUAUUUACAGCUCUUAACUUUAUCGACAUAAUUAAGAUCAAAUAUAUUAACCCAUAUAGAAUUAAGAUGGAAGUUCCUAACGAGGAUUAUGCGACUAAAGUUAUCAAUUGUUCGGAAUUUGAAAAAAGAGGAUGGAGAGUACAUCGGGAGAUGGAUGUAAACGUAUCGCAUGGAAUUAUAAAACAUGUGGAUCUUGAGUUGACUGAGGACCAGGCUUUAGAAGCAAUUAAGUGCCCUAAUAAUGUGCAGGUUUUGUCUUUUAAACGGUUAAAACGAAGAAACGAGGCUGGUGAAUGGAUACCGAGUGAAGUGGCGCGUAUUGACUUUAAAUGCUCUUACUUGCCAGCAUAUAUUUACAUCGAUAAUUUACGAGUUAGGGUUGAGCCAUAUAUUUUUCCUGCCACACAAUGUUCAAGAUGCUGGAAGUUCGGUCACCCUAAAGCUAGAUGUGCAUCACGCGUGAUCGUCUGUCCUAAAUGCUGUGGUUCUCAUGAAAAUUGCGAAACUAUACAAUAUAGGUGUGUUAACUGUAAUGGUGACCAUAUGGCAUUGAACAGAAUAUGUCCUGUUUAUUUGAGAGAAAAGAGACUAAGAGAAUUGAUGGCAGAGUUUAAUUGUUCUUAUAAAAGAGCAUGCAGCUUAUAUGUGCGCCCGGAGUCAAUAGCAGAGCCACACCAAACCAUGAAAAAUUCGGUGGAAAAUCAAGAUAUCACUACCUCAAACAGUUUUAUGAAUCUGCCAUGUGAUGAAAAUACGAAUCAUAAAUAUACUCCACUAUUACCGGAAUUCUCACAAUUGUUUACUCCAAAGCGGCCUAAGUCAUCGCCGAGUAAUAACAACAAUAAACGCGAUACGAGUAGCAAUAUAAAUCAAUUAGAGCAGGAUAGAUGCAACCAACCGGACCGCAUUCCACAGCGAUCAUCUGAUGACACCGACGCGCAUAGUAAUAAUAUAAACAACGAUCGUAAGGUUCAGUUUAGCGAGCUCAUAUUACGCUUAAAAGAUAUAUUGUUUAUUAAAAACUUUACUUUAGGUGAAAAAGUUCAUAACUGUGUUAAAUGUGUAUUUGAAUAUUUAAUACUUGUCGUAGUUGGUAAUAUUUCUGAUUGGCCAUAUGUUAAUUGCAUUUUAGAGUUUAUAAGUAAGUUUAUUAAUGGAUAA